AUGUGGUCCUCCUCCUUCCCCAGCAGCCUGGCGGUGUGGUCCUCCUCCUUCCCCAGCAGCCUGGCGGUGUGGUCCUCCUCCUUCCCCGGCAGCCUGGCGAUGUGGUCCUCCUCCUUCCCCAGCAGCCUGGCGGUGUGGUCCUCCUCCUUCCCCAGCAGCCUGGCGGUGUGGUCCUCCUCCUUCCCCGGCAGCCUGGCGAUGUGGUCCUCCUCCUUCCCCAGCAGCCUGGCGGUGUGGUCCUCCUCCUUCCCCAGCAGCCUGGCGGUGUGGUCCUCCUCCUUCCCCGGCAGCCUGGCGAUGUGGUCCUCCUCCUCCCCCAGCAGCCUGGCAGUGUGGUUCCCCCCCCCCCAGCUUCUGGCUCCCCCUGUGUCUCCAUCCCUGGCACCCUCCAUGGGCUCCUGCCCUCUGGCUCUGCUGAGCCCCAGCACUCCUCCUCGGGCCCGGUACAGGAGCCGCAGCCCUGGCCCAAGGCUUCAACGGCCCGCUCCGUCUCCCGAUUCUUCCGCCGCCCCUGUUGUCCAACAACAGGGGACAACAGGGGCGGCGGCAUCUGGUGUGGACUGUGCCCCCCCUGGAUGUUAA